AUGUCUCAAGAUCUCGUUUGGAGCAUUAUCAAAAAGAACAACGCUUUCUUAAAAUCCUCACACGGUUUAACCUUAUCUGCUGAACCAGGUAAUUUAAGAAACAAAAACUCCUUAAAAUACUCCGGUCUUGCCAGAAGAACCACCAUCGACGUUGCUGCCGUUAACGGUAAAGUUGUUGUCUCAUCAAAGAUUGUUAAAAAAGCUGCCUUCCCAGCUCAAUCAAAAAAAACCACCACUUUCUCAACUGUCAACACCAGAAAGACUGCUAGAUUCGUCAAAACUUUAGCCACCCAAUAUGCUCCAGAAUUAAGAGCUGCUGCCUUAGGUCGUUUACACAGAGUCCAAUCUGCUCUCCGUUCUGCCAAAAAAGCUGCUGCCCGUAAAGCCAAGAAAAACUAA